GCUAACUAAUCCUUUUUUCUUUUAUUAUUAUUCAAUAAUUUGAGUUGUUACCUUCAUAGUUAUUCUUAUUAUAAAUUUCCUACUAUGAUUUAGGUUUUCGUAGACUUCCCAAUCGGUUGUAUUUGUUUCAAGACUUAUUGUAAAUUCAUAGGYGAACUUAACAUUUUACAAUGUAUUCGGUGGAUAAUCGAAAUAUGUGGAUUAAUAAUCAUCAUAUUCAUAAUCCUAGUAUUCGAUACGCUACUAAACGUAAAAAGUUAAAGAAGGUUAUUAAAAAUAUGGUUUUCGAAAAUGCUGCCAUAUGUGAUGAAAUAUCGCGAAAUCAAGAAAAAUUAUUAAUUGUCCGAGAAGAAUGCAAAUUUUUAACUAAAAAGUUAAGGAUAUUUGAACCUCAAUUAGAUGUUCCUGCAAACCCAACCACUGUAAAAAAAGCUACUCCAAGAAAAAAAGCAACUACCAAUGGUGUUGUAACACCAAAGCCAAGACGUCCUGCUGCUAAACAUAAAAAGAAUAUUAUAGAAGUCCAAGAACCAAUAACUAGUGGAAAUGUUACUAUUUAUAAUUUUGGAGAUAUUGUAUAUGAUACACCAUUCUAUUAUUCAGACUGUGCAAUCUAUCCAGCUGGAUUUUAUGCAACAAGAACUUAUGCUCAUUUUAGAAAUAUAUUUUCUAAAUGCACUUAUCAUUGCAAAGUUAUAAAAGCUGGUUCAUCUCCAAGAUUUGAGAUCAUGGAUCAUGAUAAACAUUUCAAAGUGACUGGUUUGAGUACUGAUGAAUGCCAUAGUCAUCUUAUAUCAUUAAUUAAUAAAUUACUGGGUGCUGACGAUUUAAUACCUGCAAAUAGAAAUGGUGAUAGAUUUUUUGGAUUGAGUUUACCUCCAGUCCGCAUGAAACUACAAGAAGCACCAGAAUCUAAAUUUUGUACGGGAUAUAUUCCAUUAGAAUUACAGCCAAAUUGUCAUGAAGCAGAGUUAAAAGCUGAAAGUGAUCCUGCCGUGAGUUUUGAAGGUCUUCAUAAUACAUUGAACAGAUUUAGAUCUAGACAUUAAGAAGUGUCGUACUUAAGCGUAUAAUAAAAUGUGAUAAGUAAAUAUAAUUUUAUGAAAAAAAUGUAUACAAUUUUAAUUACAUUAUAUUAUCAA